UUACAACAGUUUCACUCCUGAUUACAACAAUCAUAACAAUAGUAUGUCCAUAGGAAAGUUUGAAGGGAAUAACUUGUUCUCCUACGACCUAUCGGAAAUGCGAGAUCAUAUCCGUAACAAGAGCUUUCUAGCUAAGCGGAAAUAAGAAGAAUUCCAACUUGCUACCAUUCAUAAUCCUUUCUAAAAAGGAUAAGUCACCUUCCAAAAAGCUGAACUUAAAGCUCAAAAAGGAAGGAAUAGAGAUGGUAAAUGCUGUAAAGAGAAGAAAAGAGACUCAACGCCAACAUAAAAUCCUUGAAAAUAGAAUAAAGCAUCUCCAAGUUAUUGAGAAGAAGGAAAAUGACCGUAUGAAGAAGAUCCAGUCCCAGAUUGAGAAAUUCAACCUCAUUCGGAAGGUUAGGUCAGAAUACUUCCAAAAACGGAUUGAGAUGAAAGAGAAGUUCAAAGAAGAGCAAGACCAGAAGUACAAAGCAGCCCAGAGCUACAAGAAACAGAUUGAGCAGAGUAUUAAGCAGAAAUAGACAAGACCUAGUCAUUCGAAACAGAAGGAUCAUGGAAGAGAUUAUGAGAAACCAGGACCUGUACAAACUCAAGAAGAAAAAGCUCCCUGUUGACAAGAACAAAAGUGAGUACAGGAACAGAAUCGCACGUGAGAAAUUAGAAGCAAACUCCUUCAACCGUAAAGUCCAGGACCUUGAGAGAGUUGAGAAUGACUUAAUUGAGAGGCUAGAGGAUACCCAGGAUCAUCGUAGAACUCUUAUGGAUGAAUAUAACAGCUUAGUCCAGUUCAGAGCUGAAGAAAAACAUUAA